CCCGCAUACAAUAUUUUAGGGCAUAUUUUAGGGCAAAUCAUUUCAGCCUCCCCAAUCGCCUCCGUCUCUAUUCUCGUUCUCAACUCGGCCUGUCUCUGUCUCUGCAACUGCAAAGUACAAAAUCUACAAGAAUCAGAACCCAUAUCGGCAUAUCAGAUAUGAUUUUGAAUAACGUCGACGAUGAUGAUUUUGAAUCACCCACGAUGGGUCCGGAUCCACAAAUUCCAGAUCCACCGCAAACCCUCAAGCGUCUCCGGCGAGGUCGUACCACCGAAUCCACAUCGGCCACCCAGAAGCGGGAGUUGUGUCGUAGUGUCGAUGAAGAGAUUGAAGAGUUCUCUUCGCAGGAGGAUAAGCGUGAAGUCUUCCAAAGGGACUAGGAAAAGACAACAACGGGAUCGUCAAUUGCAUGGCCUAUCAAGUACAUCAAAAUUUGUCAAAGCUAGGAUUGCGGGUUGCUGUUGCCGUUACUUUUUUUAUUGCCGCUAUAUUUUUUGUAUGGCUCAUGAAGAAGUUGUAAGAAGAUAUGAAGAAUUUUUGUUUUAUUUUGGUUAAGUAAAUAUAUAAGGUGUGGAUCAUGUACUUCUUUCAAAUUUGUAUAUGGUUAAAUUUUAUAUAAAACAAUGAUUUUGAAUUA